GCUGUCCCUCCUGAUAAUACUUCCAUCCAUCCUGGAAGUCAUGCUACAUACCAUAAAUCUGGGUGCCACUAUCUCAUUAUUCUGUUGGAUGAAUCUAGUGACAUUGGACACCCAUGUUGAUUUCCUGGAGAAAACAAAAAUAUUUGUGGGCCGUUUGCCAGAACAUGCUCAGGUUCAAGAGUUAAGAGCUCUCUUUGAACAGUAUGGUGUAGUUACUGAAUGUGACAUCCUGAACAGGUAUGGGUUUGUGCACAUGAAAACGGAGGAAAUGGCUGCUGCUGCUAUUGAAGCUCUAAACAAUGCUGAAUUCAUGGGUGUUCAGAUUAGUGUGGAGCAAUCUACAGGGAAAAAAAGUGGCAGAGGGGGAGGCUACAGAGGGGGUUUUGGACCAAUGCGUGGUCGAGGUAGUUUCAGAGGAAUGGGACGAGCAACUCCUUACAUGAGGGAUUCAAGAGAGUUUGAAAGACGACCCGGUAUGGCACCACCACCUAGCAUGAGGAAUGGCUUUUAUGAGGGCUAUGAACGUGGUUAUGAUAAUUACUAUCCUUCACAUGGUCCUCCACCCAUGAUAAGUCCGAGGGAAAGGGAAGCAGAGAGGAGGUCAUACCCAGACAUGAUGCGUGCACCAUAUGAACGACGUUCUUUCUCUGAAAUGGGUAGUCCAUAUGAACGAACUAGUCUUCCACCGGUUGCAUCAUUUGAGCGUCGCAGUGAAUAUGGUGGCGCAAGAUUGGGCUCAGACAUAUAUCGCAGGCGUACCCCUCCUCCUUCAUCAGGAUAUGGAAGUUCAGGGUACGAUCGUGACGAAAUGGAUCCUUAUGGAGCCCCAAGCAGACGCUACCCUGCACCGUCACCUCUCGAUCGUGACUUGCCGCCGCCACGCCGAUACUAGAUGCUCCCGAAUAUCAGGCGAAUGUGUACGUCGUGUUGCUGUUGCGAUAAAACAGCGAGAAGUGCGGACGGCGCUCGGAUGGUGGCAGCGAUACAAUUCACGACAGGCGUACGGAGACGACACCCCUUUUUGCAACUUCGCUUUCAUUCGUAUAAUUUAGCGUAGGACUUAUGCUUAAUAGAAAAUGACUAAACCAAGCAAUGAGUGCAAUUAAUUUAAGUCUUCGGAUGCAAGCUGUAGCUGUGGCGUUCAAAAUCUGAUACAUCGUAGGUGUGUACUUCAGGGGUAAACGGGUAGCUUACACAGUUAUCGUCAGUUUGAAACUGAACAGGACGUAGGGAGUUAUUUCUCACGAAACCAUGUAAAUAUUUCACGUUCGUUUCACUAAAUUGUGAAAGUCUAUGAAGAUUGAAUCGUUCUGUACCUUUUUUAAAGUCAUAUUCGUAGUGAUUACCUUUAUGUUUUCGUGAAUUUUACGUGCGAAACUUUGUGUAGGAACCAUAGAUAUUCCUUUCGAGUACUGCAAUUUUAAAUGUAGUAGUGUCCUGUCUGUGCGAUAAAACCAUGCGAUUCAGAAAGCGACUUUGUGUUUUGUUGUCCCACAAAAAAAAACUUUUUUGUAUGUGUAAACAUAAAAACUGUAAGGAGACUACCACAAUUGCAGAUUGACAAGGGUUAUUUAAUAUUUAAUUUCAGAAUAUUAUUUUGCCGUUCUGUGUAAACUGUUUUUAAUACAUGCGUCUGUACUGGGAUGAAAUAAAAUUAAAUAAAUAAA